GCAGAUAAAACGGAAGCUCGAGGAACUGCGUAAAAAUAAUGAAAAUACGAAAAAGAAAAUGCAACCAAUUUGGAGAAACAGCGCUCGAGCGAGGCAAUAAAACCUACAACUGUAAGUAAGAUAAAGUGAAGUGAGCUGAGGAGCCACCGCGCCAACGAGCCAACAAGCCAACAAGCCAACGCCACACCAACGAAUCAACCAACCUAUCAGCCAGUCAAUCAGUCCUUAGUCACUUAGUCAGCUAGUCAUUUAGUGUGUGUGUCAGUUGGUGAGAGGAAACCAUCAGUCAGCGUCCGCGUCGUCUUCGACGUCGUCAUCGUCGGAAGAGUCAGUCAAAAUAAUAGUCAACCGUCACGUCAGAGCACUUCAGAUUGCAUGCGAAUAUCGCUUGCGCUCACUUAACCAUUGAGCGCCGCCCCAUUUCCGGCAGGCAACCAAGAAGGGCGGCCGGCGCAACUUCUCUCGCCAAUUCUAACAACCGAGCCUGCAACCUGCCUUUCGCAUAGCCAAAAUUUUCUCGCAUAAAAGGCAAUGAACUUUCUGAAGCAGCUACUUGACGGUUGUUUCGUGCUGUGUGGCUUCAGUUUCUUGAUUUUCCUAUAUUUACCACUCAUGUUGGCGAUGCCGGAACAAACGCGUCUGGCAAACGAUUUCGAUUACCGGUUGCAGCGUGCAAAACAUGUGUUGCGGGAGUCGCCACUCAUUGACGGUCACAACGAUUUGGCGUGGAAUAUACGGAAAUUUUUGAAAAAUCGUCUGCAAGAUUUUCCUUUUGCCGGCGAUUUGCGUGAGGUGUUGCCAUGGUCGGCGAGCGCUUGGAGCCACACCGAUUUACCGCGACUGAAGGAGGGCAUGGUGGCGGCACAGUUCUGGUCGGCAUAUGCCUGCUCCUCACAACAUAUGGAUGCUGUGCAAUUGACGCUGGAACAAAUAGAUUUAAUACGACGUUUGGUAAAUUUGUAUCCAAAUCAAAUGACGUUCGUCACAGAUGCUUCAGGAAUUGAGGAGGUGCAUAGAAGUGGAAAAAUUGCUAGUCUGAUCGGGGUGGAGGGUGGCCAUUCGAUUGGCACCAGUCUCAGCGUUUUGCGAAUGUUCUAUCAGCUUGGCGCGCGCUAUUUGACACUGACACACACCUGCAAUACGCCUUGGGCGGAUUGCUGCAAGGUUGAUGAGCCAGGAAAAUAUCCACAUAUUGGCGGACUCUCGAAAUUCGGUAAG